AUGACCACCGUCCUCGACCCCGUAACAACAUACGGCCUAACCGCCGUCCCCUCCUCCUGCACCACCCUCUUCAACGGCAACAUCCCCAGCUCACCACCCCCAUUCGUCCCAACCACUCAAACUCCCAUCCCAUCGACCCCCCUCGCAACCCGCAUAGACGACUACGCCCGCGCCAAUCUCUCCGAACAAACCUACCACCACUCCCUCCGCGUCUACCACUUCGGCCUCGCCAUCAAACGCCACGCCUUCCCCACCUGGUCCUUCACAGACGAGACCUACUUCCUCGCCUGCCUGCUCCAUGACCUCGGCACAACAGAAAAGAACACGCGCAAGACCCGGCUGAGCUUCGAGUUCUACGGCGGCUUUCUCGCCCUCGAGGUCCUGCAGUCGAGCGUGGAGCAUCCCGCCGGCCAUUCGGGGGACGGCGCAGGCAUCGGGACCGUCGCGCCGAGGGAGCAGGCGGAGAGUGUCGCCGAGGCGAUCAUUCGGCACCAGGAUGUGUGCGAAAAGGGUAUGAUCACGGCGCUGGGGCAGUUGUUGCAGUUGGCGACGUUGCUGGAUAAUACCGGCGCCAAUGAGCACCUCGUCGAUCCGCAGACGAUCGAGGAUGUCUGCGCGAAUUAUCCCCGGAAGCAGUGGAGUAGUUGCUUUGCGGGGGUCAUUCGCAAGGAGAACGGGCUGAAGCCGUGGGCGCAUUCCACCACGCUGGGGGAGGAGGAGUUUCCGGCGAAGAUCAUGGGGAAUAAGCUGAUGGCGCCGUAUGAGUGA